CGUUCUUUCAGUGGGCUAUAAACUCAUGAUCGUGGUGAUUUGGUAACAACAGCAACAGAAAGAAUUACUCUGUUGAUUUAGAUUCAUUUAUCCAAAAAAGGCUUCCUGUUUUGCUGAAAGGAGAAUCUUGAGUUUUGUAGAAUCUCUUCAUCAUGUGGAUAUUUCUUUUUGUCCUUGCUUUUCCCCAACUGCUGGUUGCACAGAAUGCCUGCUUACAUGGGGCAUGUUAUCCACCUGUGCAAGACCUUCUUGUUGGAAGAAUCCAUCACUUGAAAGCCUCCUCUACCUGUGGACUUCUUCAGCCUGAAACCUACUGUACUCCAUAUGGAGAAUGGCAACUGAAAUGUUGCCGGUGUGAUUCCAGAACCCCUCACGCGUUCAACAGUCAUCGGGUGGAAAAUGUCCUCUCUUCUGCUGGAUCCAUGAGAUGGUGGCAGUCCCAGAAUGAUGUGAAUCAUGUCUCUCUCCAACUAGAUCUGGAUAAGAAGUUUCAGCUGCAUAGUAUCCUGCUAGACUUUAUGAGUCCUCUACCAGUUGGCAUGGUGAUUGAGCGUUCUACUGAUUUUGGCACAACCUGGAAGGUUUAUCAAUACUUGUCCACAGACUGUGCCACAUCAUUUCCAUGGAUCACCAGAGGCCUUCCUCAGACGUGGCAGGAUGUGUAUUGCCAGGAUAUACAGACUCAGCACAGACCACCUCAGAAUGGAGGAAAGAUUGAGUUCAACCCCAUUAGCCUUGCAUCUGGAAUGACAACAUCGCACAGCCAAAAUGUCAACAAUCUUGGAGAAUUCACCAACUUGAGAGUGAACUUCACACAACUGUCCCACCUUCCACACCAGGGCUACCGAUUACCUAGUGCUUUCUAUGCCUUGACUGAGAUGCAGGUGCAGGGGAGCUGCUUCUGUAAUGGACAUGCUGACCGUUGUGCUAUCCUGGAUGCUUCUUCUGGAGAACCCAGCGCUAUGAUUCAGGGACACUGUGUAUGCCAGCACAAUACUGCUGGGCCAAACUGUGACCUUUGUGCACCUUUUUACCAUGAUCAACCAUGGAGACCUGCUGAAGACAACAAUCCCCAUGAAUGCCAUAGGUGCAACUGUAAUGGGCAUUCCAACAAAUGUCAUUUUGACCCAGCCGUGUAUGAAGCCAAUGGACAUGUAAGUGGGGGUGUGUGUGAAGACUGUCAGCACAACACAGCAGGGCAACACUGUGAACACUGCAAGACCAACUUUUUCCAUAAUCGGAGAUAUGACCUUGGCCACCCAGAAGUCUGCCUACCUUGUGAAUGUGAUCCGGAUGGGACUGUUCCUGGCUCAAGCUGUGACCCUUUGAAUGGCCGCUGCGUCUGUAAGGACAAUGUACAGGGGGACCGUUGCCACCUAUGCAAACCUGGUUUCACCCAGUUAACCAACUCCAACCCUCAGGGUUGCCGAGAUUGUUCCUGCAACAUUUUGGGCAGCCACCACAACAUGCCCUGUGAUGAUGAAACAGGGCGCUGCUUCUGCCUUCCCAAUGUGGUGGGAGACAAGUGUGAUGCCUGUGCUGUGAACCACUGGAAAAUUGCAAGUGGUGAGGGAUGCCAGGCCUGCAACUGCAAUCCUCAAAAUUCCCUCAGACUUCAGUGUAACCAGUUUACAGGGCAGUGCCCAUGUAGAGAAGGCUAUGGUGGCUUGACUUGCUCUGCUGCUGAGGUUCACGUUUGUCCAGACCAGUCUUAUGGUGACAUCAGGACAGGAUGUAGAGCUUGUGACUGCAGUUUUGAAGGCACAGAGGAAAUGGGCUGUGACAAGCUGACAGGACGCUGCCUUUGCAAACCGGGCUUUACUGGACCUCGCUGUGACCAAUGCCAGCGGGGUUACUGUGGGAACCACCAUGACUGUGAGGCAUGCCACCCUUGCUUCCAGGCCUAUGACGAUGACCUCCAUCAGUUCGGUUUACGUCAGGCCACCUUGAAAAAUUCUACACAGAGACUGCCUGCAGGGACAAUGAGCUCUGGAUUCAGUACUCGCUUCUUAGAAGCAGAAAAUGAAAUUCAUCGUAUCCAAGGAAUUCUAGAAAAUCCUCCCACGACAGUGCAGGGGCUGGAUCAGGUGGCCAGGGCCAUUGCUGCAAUCAGGCAGACCAUUGAAGGUUUAAACUCUGAAAUACCUCUUAUGGAUGAAGUGUCCUCUCUGUCCUUGGAUGUGGAAGCUCUAGAUAAGAGUCUGCUUCUAAUAACCACACAGUAUCAAAACAAGAAAGCUCAGUUUGAAGCCAGCCUCAAGACAGAUCCCUCUAGGAGCAUUCAAAACGUCAGUUCUGCAUAUCAGACAUCUUCCAAUGCCAGUAUGCGCAGUGGAUCUUCUACCUUAUUGGCUCAGUCUGCAGAAACAAGGGAAUUGCUGAAGAGCUUGAAAGCCUUUACAGGACAUCGGUCAGGACUAGAAGCUUUGACGAAUGAAAUGGCAUACUCUCAAUUGACUCCUGUCAUUAAUAAGAUUUGCAGUGGUAUUAGAUCAGAGAUCUGCACCCUGGGGAAUUGUGGAGAAUUAUGCCUCCAGCAGAACACAACAGAAUGUGGUCCUGGCCUGAGCUGCAGAGGGAUCCUUUCACUUUCUGGCAACUCCAUUCAAAACUGCCCAGAAAACCACUCAAGAGUCCGCAGCUUGAGUGUCGACUUCAGGAAACUACACAGUGCCCAAAAAAUCAGAGCUAUGGAAAUAGCUGCCAACAAAAUUCAGACUAAUGCCCAAAGCCUGGGAGACCAAAUGAGCACUACUCGGAAACAGCUAGAGGGAGAUAUUCAGCACACCCAGCAAUUCAUCCGCCAAGUCCGCAACUUCCUGUCAGAUCCAGACACUGAUGCUGCUACCAUCCAGCAGGUCAGCAAUUAUGUUCUUUCCCUUCAUCUUCCUACUGACUCUACUAUGGUUCUCAGAAAGAUGAAUGAGAUCCAGAAUUUGGCUGCUAAGCUACGAUGCCCUGAAAGCAUAAUCGCGCAAACAGCUGGGGACAUUGCUAAGGCCCAACAGCUUUUGCAGGAAGCUGAAGAAGCCAGGAACCGAGCCAAUGCUAUUGAGGGCAAUGUAGAGGAUGUGGUGGACAUUUGAUACAAGCAAAUGCCAGCACUUCAUGAGGCUGAAGAUACUAUCAGUGGUUCUGGUUAUUCCCUUCGACUCAUCCAAGGUCGCCUUGAUGAGAUCCAGACUGUCCUUGGUCCAUCUCAGAAGAGCUUGAGGGACAUCACUGAUCAGCUGGAUACCUUCACGGAGAGAUUUAGUCACCUACGAAGCAAAAUCAAUCAGAACCAGCUAAGGGUUGCAGAUGCUGAGCAGGGAGCAACAGAAGCCAGUGAUGAAGCAAAAAGGACUCAGCAGGGAUUUGAACAAGUGAAACAAAAAUAUUCAGAACUAAAAAGGCGGAUGGGCCAAGGUAUAAAUAUGGGUGCACAAGGGGUCCGGGUCCAAAAUGCCCAAAUGGAAGCCAACACUUUGCUUAAAGAAGCUUUGAAUAUGAUGGCCAAAAUGGGAGGUAUAGAAACAGAGCUUCAAGUGAGUAACAGUGCUCUUGUCCUUGAGUCAGCCAAGCUGGCAGGCCUUGAAAAGAAAGUGGAAACAAUUCGUGACCAUAUCAGCCGCAGAGUUGCAUAUUAUGCCACUUGCACAGAUUAGAACAGUUUGUUAUUUCUUGAUGGAUGAUUUUUCUGUCUUUUUUUCUCCUUGCAGAUAGAGCAAGUUUUUUGGCCUUUUAUAUUUUAGCUUUCCAAGAUCUUUUUAUUACUAGAAUUCUCCUAUUGAACUAAAGCUUUUUGAUGGAUGCUUUUUGCAGAGCAUGUGUUUAUUUUGAGCGUUCUGGUGAAACCGGAUUAAAGUUGGAUUUUGAAAAGCUAUGGAUUGUAGACAGAAAUUUUAGCUACAAUUAUGGUGACAUGUAUCUUGUUUUUUAUGGUCUAUUAGAAGACAUUUUGUUAUUCACCCACCUGAAUUAUUGACAGAAUAAUACUCAGCAAGUCAAAGGAAACAAAUUUCCCAUUCACAUUGGGAUGGGAGCCCUCAGGCUGUUUGCAUUGUUGUCAAUAACCAGCAGCCACUUAGAAACAAUUGACUUUAUUAAGCAUGGUAUAACUAAACAAUUACUGGCU